GAUAGGAUACCGAUGUCCUGCCGUAGCUAGCUUCCUUCUCGCUCCGUCUCGUGUUGUCCCAGCGUUUCGUCCUGCCUGCCUCCACCAUGGACACCGCCCGCCGUCUCGUCUUGCCUUGUGGUUUAGCUAAGUGGUAGUGCGAGGGAAAAAACCUGCCCCCAAACACACACGCCUUCCGCGAUUAUUGGAAACGUCAGUUAAUUAGUAAGUCCUUCACCCGGGAGGCUGAUUGCUGGCAGGCUCUCUAAUCCACCAACAGGAGCAGCUACUAAGCGAGGUUCGAUAGUACGGUGUGUGAGCGGGAUACGGCAGAGUUAGGUGGAGUGCGGUGAUUGUGUGAUGCCAGUCCGAUCAUCUCAUCCGAUUCCCGCCAGAACGACCAGCACCACUGCCGCCCGUAGUAGUAGCAGUCGCAGCAGCAGCGGCAGCUUGGAGACGAACGAGACUUCCGUUAUCAGCCAUCCGUCAUCGUGCGCCAGUAAUCUCGUGUGCUGCGGCACGCAAUCACAACCGGAUCAUAGCAUCGCCAGCAGCGCCAAAAGCGACAUCAAUACAGAGACAGCAGCGGCAGCGGCAGCAGCAACUAUUCGAACAGACAGCAGCACCGACGAGCUCGUCAGUACCGAUCCUCGCCCGCUCCAGUCAAGGAUGCCGAACAUCAAGGUGUUUUCCGGCUCGUCCCAUCCGGACCUAGCGUCUCGCAUCGUCGACCGGCUCGGCAUCGACCUCGGCAAGGUGGUGACGAAGAAGUUCAGCAACUUGGAAACUUGCGUGGAAAUCGGUGAAUCUGUCCGCGGUGAAGAUGUGUACAUCGUGCAGUCCGGUUCGGGCGAGAUCAACGACAACCUGAUGGAACUGUUGAUCAUGAUCAAUGCCUGCAAGAUCGCGUCCGCCUCGCGAGUGACCGCUGUGAUACCUUGCUUUCCUUAUGCCCGACAAGACAAGAAGGAUAAGACAGGCGACGAUAAGCUGGCAGCGCUAAUGAAAACCAAUGAAUGGAAAUUCCGGAGCCGUGCUCCGAUCUCAGCGAAGCUGGUGGCCAAUAUGCUUUCGGUGGCUGGUGCUGAUCACAUUAUAACGAUGGAUCUGCAUGCGUCGCAGAUACAGGGUUUCUUCGACAUCCCGGUGGACAAUCUGUACGCAGAACCGGCCGUGUUGAAGUGGAUUCGCGAGAAUAUAGCCGAGUGGCGAAACUCGAUCAUCGUAUCGCCAGAUGCGGGUGGUGCGAAACGAGUAACCUCGAUCGCCGAUCGAUUGAACGUGGAAUUUGCUUUGAUCCACAAGGAACGGAAGAAGGCAAACGAGGUCGCAUCGAUGGUGUUGGUGGGUGAUGUGAAGGAUCGCGUUGCCAUUUUGGUCGAUGAUAUGGCCGACACGUGCGGUACUAUCUGUCACGCGGCCGAUAAGCUUGUGGAAGCGGGAGCUACCAAGGUGUACGCCAUACUGACGCACGGUAUCUUCAGUGGACCAGCCAUUUCGCGGAUAAACGAUGCUUGCUUCGAAGCCGUCGUUGUCACCAACACCAUCCCCCAGGACGGUCACAUGAAGGACUGUCCGAAGAUACAGUGCAUUGAUGUAUCAAUGAUGUUUGCGGAGGCUGUCCGCCGAACGCACAAUGGCGAAAGUGUGUCUUAUCUGUUCUCCAAUGUUCCUUACUAAAAAGCUCCAAGGGUUGCAGGUUUCGCUUCAUUAGCUGACGAACUCGAGGAAACGAUCAAGUGCAGUUAGUUCGUGACAUUUUCAUCCAGAACCAAGGUGAUGCCUGAGAAACGACAACCACGGAACAGGGCAGCCCGGUAUCCGGCUGCUGAUAAUGAUUGUAUAAAAGAGAGAUACUGUAUCUCGAUAAACUAAAUUGUGCAAAGAUCACAUCCCACACAUAUACACACGUGAGCAUGGAAAAUUGGCUUGAAAUACAAGUCCCGCACGCACGAAAAAUGCUAGACCGAUUGUGAAUUGAGAUAGAUGGUAAAAAGUGAAAAAUGAGUGUGCUAUCGUGCAUGAAUGAGGCAACAUGUUUUGUAUACCCAGUAUAUUCAGUGAAAAUCUAAAAUUUUCCAUCCUUUACAGAGGUUUUUUUUGUAGUCUAGGAAUUCAAACACACAAACAGGCACAUACAUAGCGAUGUCGGUGUCGUUUUUCUUGAACAACUAUAUGAUUUAGAUUCAUUCAGACCCAUCCAACAUCAAUAUAAAGCAGACGAAGACACACAAAAUGACCCUGAACAUUUGUUGGCUUUCUUUUGUUUUUUUUCUUAAGAAGGAAAAUGGAUGAUUUUUGAAUAGCAAUUAUAGACGAAGAGAGAAAGAAUUAGAGAGAGAUGGAUAGGGAUCGAAACAAAUAGAAGCAUAACGUAAAUUUAAUCGGACUAACGAGCAGAUUAAGAAUAAAAGCAUUAACGCAUGAUGCAGCAUUGUUAACAAGAGGCGCCUCUAUCAAAAGAGUUGAACGGUACAAAAGAAGAACGGAAACAAAGGAAGAGUUAAUACGGCGUUCGGAGAAUGAAGCUAGUAAUGUAUCAUCUAAAAUCCGGUAAUAUAUCUGCUGUAAGAGGAUAGCUCUUGGAGUAGAAUGGGACAGAAUGGAAUAGAACAUGGGGGGCACCAUGGAAGGCCACGAUCGCGUAUCUCAAGCAUUCAUUUGAGAUUGCAGCAUUCUAGAGCAAGCGAAGUCGAUCGUCAGUCUAAUCAUCACCCACAGGCAUUGUGCAAAAACACAAACAGCUUAUUGAAACCUAUAGUUCUACAAUAAAAUACCUCACAACCACUAACCAACGCAGCGAAUCCCGCUUCACCAUGGCAACCCAAUGCGGCAGUGCAAGGCGACUGCUGUAGUCUCGGACUACUAGAGUCAAAUAUUUCUAAACAGCAAAGAGCUUCAUUCGGUUUGCGUUUGACUUGAUCGUUCCUUCCACCGAUUGUUUCACAUCCCAGAUAAAAUACCACUACCGGCCUGUGGGAAAAAGGAAGAGAACAUAAGAAAAAAAAACACAUUUCGUAACGUUUAGUUUUAGAUUAUUUGAUACAAAAGAAAAAUGUACAUGCUAGUUUGUGAAAAACUUAGCAGCCAUUAAGAAAAAACUGAAGAAAAG